UACGGCCUGAACCCUCAUAGGAGGACUGUGUCCCAGCAGUUGGAACAUAUAUGGGCUAUGAUGAUGAUGAAAUACGAUUAUGCAGUUCUCAAGAUAUAGCAAGACGGAAAAAUUAUUGUAAUUGAUAUAACCUAAUAUUAUAGAAUUCAGUGAUUAUAAGGAUUGUAGACGGAACUUAAGUAUUUAUUAUCACGUUCGAGGAUAAUGCACGAUACGUAAUCAGCGACACUAAUAACAGUAGAUAAUACCUACAUUAAGUUUUACGGGCUUAUAAAAAUACGACCUUAGUAAUAUUCUUUGAUCUGUAGUGGUUAAGACGUUUUGUUAAAUUGUUAGCAAAAUGUCAAUUCGCGCCCUGAGCCCCGAAUUAGCCGAGAAAGCUCGGCUAGAAUUAAAUGAGGAUAGCAAUAGACUGCAAAGUGAUAUACAGCAUAUUAAAGACUGGCUGUCUAAACAACCGCAUCUGAGGGCUAGAACAGAUGACCAAUUCAUUGUAGCAUUUUUGCGAGGAUGUAAAUUCAGUUUAGAACGAACGAAGGAGAAAAUUGAUCUAUAUUAUUCUCUUCGUAGUCUAGCCCCAGAACUGUUCAGCAUACAGCCAAAAGAUGCCCGAUUUAAGGAAAUCAUGAGUCUUGGUGCUUAUGUAAUUCUGCCAAACUCUUGUGCUAGUGACAAAACAAGGAUUACAUUGCUUCGUCUAGGACGACUUGACACCAAUAAAUUUAGUUUAAUUGAUAUGCUAGCUGCAGCAAACCACUUGGAAAAGAUUACUUUAGUAAAUGAUGAUGAAAGCAUGAUUCAUGGCAGACGUACGAUAAUAGAUUUAGAGGGGGUCACCAUGGCACAUUAUGUACAAAUGACACCGACUACUAUGAAGAAAAUGAUUGUUUUCGGACAGGACGCUGCUCCUAUGCGGAUGAAAGGUGCUCAUUAUAUUAAUCUUCCUCCUGGAUUUGAUGUCGUUUUCAACGCAAUGCGAAGUCUUCUAAAUGAAAAGAACAGGAACAGGUUACUCGUGCAUAACAAGAAUUACGAUGAAAUGUACACUUACAUUCCCAAAGAUACUUUGCCAGCUGAAUAUGGUGGUAAUGCGGGAACUGUCGAUCAAAUUGUAGAUUACUGGAUGAAAAAAGUAAACGAUUUUAGUUCCUGGUUGGAAGAGGACAUAAAAUAUGGAUCAGAUGAAGCCAAGAGACCAGGGAAACCGAACACUGCGGCAGAGCUGUUUGGUGUUGAUGGUUCCUUUAGACAAUUGGAAUUUGACUAAUCAUAUUUCUUAUUUGAAAAUAAUUGUAUUAAAUUGGCAAAUAAAAUUGUUAUUGUUUAAAUUUUACUCACAAUAUUAUUUACUUACUAGCUGCACCCGGCAAACGCUGU